UUUUGUUGCUGAGUCCGUCCCCCGCAGCGCCACCUGUCUGCCGAUGCUGUUGUUUGUUAAAUCAUCGCCGCGGAGGGGUUGCGGAGGAAGGAGCUGAGACCAGCGGAGAUUUUAAAUGCGCCGGAGCCCGUAGCGCACAGGCGGAGAGCGGGAGGCUUGUGUUGGGAUCGACAGAUGACAACAAACAGACUGAAGCACCGCUGAGCGCUCGAAGAUGGGACAGACACAGUUGUUGUUGGAAGCGCUCCAUAUCGCCAUGAACACGGCUUCAUUUGUUUUCGAUUACCUGCAGCCUGCAGCUCGGACCGCUUAAACUUCAGCUUGGCUGAAAGCAGCUGAUCUGCUCACCACUCACAGUCCUGCUAUUUCCAUCUGGAGCUGAUGAUAUGAGAGGCUGCUGGAGGCGGUGAUGGAGCUCCAGGAGUUGAGCUGGCUGUGCUUGGUGGGUCUCUUCCUCGCCUCUUUGGUCAUCGUGCUGGGAUGGUUGUUCCAGUACUCGCUGACUGUGCUGCGGCUGUGGAGAGCCAGGAAGGCAGCAAAGCGACACAGCCGAGACCCAGCCUGGAGGCAGCAUCCCAAUAAGAGCUUGGCCGGAGCUUUGUGGGGCUUCCUGCUGAAGCUCCGCUCCGGCCGGGAUGGACGACCCACAUCUGAGGCCGGGGUUAAAGGCUUGUUGACCUCUCUGUUCUCCUUCAAGUCCUUCAGGGAGCUGUUUCAGAGGACCUGGGUGAAGGCUCUGAACGAGCAAGCUUGCAGGCAUGGGAGCUCCAUUCAGAUCACUUUUGACAGCAGCCUCCAGAUAAGUGCUGCCUCUGCAAUAGAAAGCGUGAGCUGCACUGACCAGUCAGCAAACCGAAUGAUUUUGCACUGUAAUUGUUCAGUAGACAGGGUCACGUUACCCGUGACGGUCACCCAGCAGUCGCCAGCUGCCAUUUCCAUGGACACCUAUCAGAUCACUAUAGCACCUGUGGUGGCAAAGGUUGUGGCGUGCCUGGAGGAGGUGGAGGAUGAGGGGCUGCUGAUAUCCUGGAGUCUUUCCAAGCAGCCGUCGUUUUCUCUGACCGUCUCUCCAUGCAAGCUGCAGAGACGGGGCACUGAAGGUGAAGCAGACAUAGACACAAUUAAGGGUCUGAUAGAAGAUACUCUGUUCAGCACUCAGCCAGCCAUGGUCCUCAAUCUCAGGACGUCCAGUCCUUUGGCCCCCAUGGACAGUCUCUCAGUGGGAUUAAACUCUGUAUCCCAGAGUGUCUUGGUGAGACGACUACUCCUCCGGCAGCUCAGGGCGACCUUAAGUAAAGGUCAGUGGUCUAAAUCAGGGGAGCUGUGCUGUGUCCUGAGCCUGGACCAACCGUCUACAGAGAGAACAACCCGCUUCCUGCCUGUGCCCAGCAGUGCCAAUGCUGCACUCGAAUGGAGUGAAGAUAUUACUCUGGAGCUGGGCCCAGAAACCAAAGAGCUGAGAGUGAGACUUCUGGAGCGGAGCGGCAAACGGGAACAAUUCCUGCCGGGUCACGCCUCUAUUGCCUUGGACAUCCAGGGGAAAGUUCCCACUGGGCAGCACGUAUUGUCCAUGAGGUCUGGCCAAGACUCAACGCCAAACGCUGUCAUCACCGCUGAGCUGUUGUACCAAGAAACAGAGGAGCCUAGCAGUGCCCACAGAGCUCUGCUACUUCGCUCCUCUCUCACCCCCACCAAGAAAGUUGACGUGGACCGAACCAUCAUGCCAGACGGAACCAUCGUCACCACCGUCACGACGGUCCAAUCCCGACCUAAACUCGAUCGCAGUCCAGGUGACUCCCCGUUGCGUUCUCCGUCUAAAGUGGAGGUGAAUGAGAAGAAACCCACCGUCCUGCCUGAUAGCAGAAGGAGCAGCAGCCCCAACCCGAGCAAGAGCAGCCGCCUCUCUAAUGGCCUGGAUCCUGUUGCAGAAACCGCCAUACGGCAGCUGACAGAGUCUGCGUCCAGGGCAGCACGGAAGACACCGACGAAAAGGAGCACGCUAAUCAUCUCGGGCGUGUCAAAGGUUCCACUCUCUGAAGAUAACUGUGCAUUAUCAAGUGGCUACGCUGCAGCCAUGGACGCAGCCAUGCACGGCAACCAUUACGGGUCAGGGCGUCACCAUGACCCAGAUGAAACCACGCCCUCUGACGUAUCAGAGCGUCCCUCUGUGGACGAUGUGGAAUCAGAUACUGGCUCCACUGGUGCCUUGGAAACCCGCAGUCUCAAGGACCAUAAAGUGGGCUUUUUGCAGAGCGGGACGAAGCUGCUUUUCCGCAGAAGACAUCGAGAGAAAGAGUCCUGCCUCAGCCAGUCCCACGAAGACAUCUCCAACUUGGGCAAUAACUUCGCCGCCGCACCAAACAUCAGCCGUAAGUCUGGCAGCUUCUCCCGGCGCCUCAUCAAACGCUUCUCCUUCCGCUCUUCUGGCAAAUCAAAAGGCAAGGCUGCCAACGGAGGAGCAAGCGCACUGGAUAACUAAUUCUCGAGGCCAGCAGACAUGGACACGAGUCAUCCUGAGAGCGUUCUCUGUUAUCACUACACUUCAACACGGUCUUUGACAGGCUGAGCGCCCCCAGGUGGGUUGUCAACUGCACAGCUUUAAAGGAGGAUACCUCUGGGAGAGCUCCCCUCUGGAUAGAAAUGAUUGCACUUUCAGGACAGAAGUCUCAUUUAAUCACAUCGCUGACUCUGAA